CCCCGGCCAGUCACCCUAUGAAGGGCACCCGAUCUGAUCGCUGCACGACUCCCGUCUCCCGGGCACCACUACCGGUCCGAUUGCAUUGCAUUGGAGGUGCGCUUCCUCGAGUUCACCGCUAGGUGUCGCUGCGUAUAGGCUCCGUGUAUUCUUCCAUGCAGUCAGGUGAAAUCCUCAGGAAGAAGAUUGAUAUUAAAUCAUCAAAAAUCUGCAAAUGCCUACUCAGAUCCAGUAUUAUAACUCCUCUCCCUCAGUCACCGGCAUAUUACAGCCACUAAAAGGUCCUGGUACUUUUGGGGCGGUGAGACCCAGAGAUGUCUACCCUGCCUCCACGGUGCCACGUAUCCGUCCUUCUACAGGAUUUCAGUUUAGAGAUGUUUCCCCUCCCCGCGGGAAGCCAGUGUGGUGUGAUUCUCGCAAAUCAGAGGUUUGGACAAAUUCAUUACGGAGAUAUAAAGUCAGCAUUAAUCACAGACCUGUGGAGUCUGUGCUGAGUAAGCGGGCUCCAUUUGCAGCACGGACCAUGAGCGCCAACUCGGGUGGUUAUCGGUAUACAAAUGGCCACAUGGACACCCUCCCUACCUACAGCUCCAUGAAUGACCCUCACUUAUACGACUAUUAUGCCAAGAAAUUUGGGCUGCAGGUCAACACUUGGUCCCCCACUAGUAAGCGUGCCCUCAGCGCCCCAUCCACCAGAUCCCGACCUACCUCAGUAAAGAAGGUGCUGUACAAGGUGGUAGUAAAGACCGGGGAUAAGAAGCAAUCUGGGACCAGUGCCAGGGUGUAUAUACAGAUGAAGGGAACCAAAGGAAAACUUAACAAGAUCCAAUUGUAUAAGAAAUCGGGUCCUGACAAAGAAUCCGAAUUUAAAUUCCCUAAAGGAUCAACCCACACGUUCAAAGUUUAUGGCUCUGAUAUUGGGGACAUCAAAAACAUCACACUGGAGCAUGACGGGCUGGAACAGCAGCACGCCUGGUACGUGGAUGAAGUCUUUGUUACCAAUACAAACCGAGACAAGACCUGGCAUUUCCCUUGCCGGAGGUGGUUUUCUCUAUACCAUACAGAUUGCCAGAUCAACCGAACAUUAACACCUAGCAAUAAAAGCUCCGCUCAUCAACUGGAUGGCAAACCAGGCGAUCACACGGUCUAUGAAGUGGUCACUAUAACCGGAGAUGUGCGAGGAGCGGGAACCGACGCUAAUGUCUUUGUUACCCUGUUUGGAGAGUUCGGGAUUACUCCAAAGAUUCAUCUCACCAGCAAGAGCAGAACAGCUUUCGAGAGGACGAAGACGGACGUUUUCCGAGUGAAAACCAAUAAUGUUGGACCAAUCAAAAAAAUCAGAAUUGAGCAUGAUAACACCGGGAUGAAUGCAGGUUGGUAUCUUGAUCGCGUGAUCGUCACUGACAUGAACAGACCUCAUCUGCGCUUCUAUUUCCCGUGUAACAACUGGCUGAGCAAAGAAGAUGGCGAUGGGUUGUAUGUCAGAGAUCUGCUGGGAAGCCUCAACCCCAUGGAUGUGCCCAAAAUGAACAAAUAUAUUGCCCGUGUGUUUACUGGCUCCGCCAAUGGCAGUGGCACAGAUGCCGAUGUGUUCCUGAAUAUUUUUGGUGAAAAUGGAGACACAGGAGAGAGAAAGUUGGACAACGAUAAAGACAACUUCGAAAAGGGAGCGGAGGACAAAUUCACCAUUGAUGCGCCAAAUUUAGGAAAAAUUAGGAAAAUUACAAUUGGUCACAACAACAAAGGAGGGUCGGCUGGAUGGUUCCUAGAAAAGGUAAUCAUUGAAGACAUUGGUAACAAGACAAUCUAUGAAUUUCCAUGCUCUCGCUGGUUCGCCAUUGAUGAAGAUGAUGGAAAAAUCCAGAGGGAUCUUCUUGUCGGGGGAAGUGAGGCGACAGGAAUUGUCUAUAAUGUUUCUAUCAUGACCGGAGACAUCCGGGGUGCUGGCACCAACUCCAAAGUUCACAUCAUCCUCCAUGGAUCGAAGGGUUUAAAGAACAGCGGAAAGAUCUUUCUGGAAGGCGGAGAGUUUGAACGAGCGAGAAUUGACAUCUUCAAUAUAGAGAUUGCGGCCCUGCUCAGCCCCCUCAGCAGAGUGACAAUCGGGCAUGACGGGAGAGGGGUCAGCUCCGGCUGGUAUUGUGAGAAGGUUGUUGUCUACUGCCCAUUCACAGGCAUUGAGCAGACCUUCCCAUGCGGCAGAUGGCUGGAUGUAGAUGAAGGAGAUGGGCUGAUAGAACGGGAACUCUACGAAAUGGUUUCCCUGCGUCAGAAAAGGCAGAAAAAACACCCAUGGUCUCUUUGGAUCUGGACAAGUGACAUAAAAAAUGCCGGGACAGAUGCAAAUAUCCUUCUCCAGAUCUAUGGGGAAAAGGGGAAAUCGGAUGAAAUGAGACUGGACAACAACUCAGACAACUUUGAAACUGGACAAGUAGACAAGUUCAUGAUCGAGCUCCCAGACUUGGGGAUCCUUUAUAAACUCCGGAUUUGGCAUGAGAAGAGAAAUGCAUUCAGUGGCUGGCAUUUAAAUAAAGUCACCCUGCUGAAAACACUCACCAAAGAAAAAUACACCUUUAAAUGUGGCCGCUGGCUGGACCUCAAUGAAGACGACAAUGAGAUUGUGCGGGAGCUUCCAGCUGAGGGUCCAUUGGUGGCGGAGGUGUUACCAGUGGCGAAGUAUCGAGUGACUGUUCAUACUGGGAGCGUGAGUGGAAGUGGAACGGAUGCUAAUGUCUUUAUCUGCCUCUUUGGAGAUCUGGGAGAUACAGGGGAACGCUUCCUCAUCGACUGCAAGAACAAUAUGAACAAGUUUGAAAAAGGCAAUGCAGAUGAGUUCAUCAUUGAGGCUGUGACUCUGAAGCAAGUGAGGAGGGUCCGCAUUGGGCACGAUGGGAAGGGUGGCGGCUGCGGAUGGUAUCUGAACAAAGUGGUAGUGAAGGAAGAAGGAAAACCUGAGACUGAAGCGAUUGAGUUUCCUUGUAACAGGUGGUUUGAUAGGAAUGAGGACGAUGGUCACAUAAUUCGAGAGCUGGUCCCAGUGGGAGACUCGCAGAAUCUGAGAAGUAUCAGUUACCACUUCCACAUUAAGACGGGAGACGUUAGUGGAGCCAGCUCUGAUUCCAGAGUCUUCGUCAAGCUGUAUGGAGAGAAAGGAGAUACCAAUAAGCAGUUCCUGCUUGUCUCUGACAACGACUUAGCUGACAACUUUGAGAGAGGAAGGGUGGACAACUUCACUAUAAACACUAUAGACAUUGGGAAGAUCAAUAAGCUGCUCAUCGGACACGACAACGUGGGGAUCCGCGCCGGAUGGUUCCUUGCUAAUGUGGUGGUGGAAGUUCCGGCACACGGCAAAAAGUACAUGUUCCCCUGCAACCGCUGGCUCUGCAGGGAUGAGUGCGACGGCAAAGUGGAGAUUGAAGUCUACGCCAGUGAGGUGGUCGACAUUGAGAAGCUUGUCAAUUUUGAAGUAAUCGUGACCACCGGCAACGUUCGAGGUGCGGGCACCAAUGCCAAUGUCUUCAUGCAGCUCUAUGGAGACUGUGGGAAGACGGAGGAGACCUUCCUACGAAGCCGCUCGAAUGACUUUGAGAGAGGAGCUGUUGACAUCUUCAAGAUAGAGGCAUUGGAUGUCGGCAAGAUUCUCAAGCUCAGGAUUGGUCAUGAUGGUACAGGUUUCGGGGAUGGUUGGUUUCUUGAAACUGUUGAGAUCAAACGUAUCGGAGUACAGAUGUUGCCAGUGGCCCAACCACCUGACAAGAAGAAGACAAAGACAAACAAGAAGAAGAAAUCCAGCAAAGAAGAAGACGUGGAGGUUAUGGCGCAGGAAGUGGUGGAGUUGUACAAGUUUGAGUGCAAUAGGUGGCUGGCCCGAGGUGAAGCUGAUGGAGAAGUGGUGGUAGAACUUCUUCCACAAGAUGCCGGACUUGAAGAGAACACUUAUGAAAUCCACGUAUUUACCGGAACUGUGUGGGGAGCUGGAACCGAUGCCAAUGUAUACAUCACUAUUUAUGGGGAGAUCGGGGACACCGGUGAACGGCACCUGAAGAAGUCCAACCGCCUAAAUAAGUUUGAGAAGGGACAGGAAGAUGUUUUCAGCAUCAGCGGCAUAGAGUUAGGUGAACUGAAAAAGUUGAGAAUUCGUCACGAUAACUCAGGGGCAAACGCUGCUUGGUUUCUAGAACGAGUCGAGAUUAUGGAUAUGAAAAAUGAAACAAAAUACUUUUUCCCAUGUCAAAGAUGGUUGGCAGCGGAUGAAGAUGAUGGACAGAUUUCUCGGAUGCUUGUUCCAGUUAAUGAAGCGUUUAUGAAGAAAGAUGAAGACGGGGAAGAGCAAUCUCUUGCAACGCUGGGAUUGGAACAGAAAGCCAAAUCUACUACAUACACCGUCCGAGUGAAGACCGGAGACAAGAAGAACGCUGGCACAGAUGCCAAUGUAUUCAUAACUCUGUACGGAGAGAAGGACGACACUGGAUUUAUGAAUCUAAAAGCCUCCAAAACCAACAAGAAUAAAUUUGAAAGGGGGAAAAUCGAUGUAUUCACAGUGGAGGCUGUAGAUAUUGGGUCACUGAAGAAAGUAAAAAUUGGCCAUGACAACAAAGGCAGCUCUGCUGGGUGGUUCCUUGAUUGGGUGGAAGUUGAUGCCCCUUCACUUGGACAACGUUUGAAAUUUCCGUGUGGGCGGUGGUUGGAUAAAACUGAAGAUGAUGGAGCCAUUGAGAGAUACCUGUUUCCUUCAGAUCUCCAGACUGAACAGUAUACGCCUUUCGUUCCUUAUGAGAUCACAGUUUAUACAAGCGACAUAUUUGGCGCUGGGACGGAUGCCGAUGUUUUUAUCGUUCUUUAUGGCAGAGAUGGCAUCUGCACUCAGCAGAAAUCCCUGUGUGUCAACAAGAGGGAGCGCCGGAUGUAUUUCGAGAGGAAUUCCGUGGACCAAUUCAUAGUGGAGCUCGAGGACAUUGGCGAUGUGAUUGAAAAGAUCCGUAUUGGGCACAAUAGCACGGGCAUUAACGCUGGGUGGCACUUGGACAGAGUGGAGGUUCGGAGACUUUUGCCCAAUGGAAAGGGCUCACAGACAAUCACCUUCCCCUGUGAACGGUGGUUGGCAAAGUCUGAAGAUGACGGAGAAACCAUCAGGGAGCUUGUCCCAUCAGACAUCUUCACUGAAAAGCUCACGAAGGACGGGACUUUGAAGCAGAUAGAAAUGGAGGUUGAAGACCCUCUGGAGACUCACACAUAUUAUGUGUCGGUGUACACUGGGGACAUCUACGGAGCCGGCACUGACGCCAAUGUUUUUCUCACCAUAUACGGAGAUCUUGGGGACACUGGGGAAAGAAAACUCAGCAAAUCUGAAACUAACUCUAACAAGUUUGAGAGAGGACAGGUGGACAAAUUCAUCAUAGAAGCUGUGGACCUGGGCACUCUCUAUAAGCUUAAGAUCCGCCAUGAUAACGCAUUGAUAAGCCCUGACUGGUACCUGGAGAGGGUGGAGAUCCUGAACGAAGUGACAGAGGAGACGUACCUGUUCUUGUGCGAACGUUGGCUCUCCACCAAAAAAGAAGACAAAAGGAUUGAGAGGAUUUUGUAUGAAAAGGAUUAUGAUGGAGAUAGAAGCAGCAUGGUCAGCUCAUCCAAAAGUUUCUGGGGUUCUUCUCUGAGCCUGAGGAGCCAGGAUAACAAUGCCAACUUGAAGACCAAAGGCAGCAUAGAUGGAUCCUUACAGGAUGGACCAGUAAUCCCCUACCACAUUACCAUCUCCACGGGUCAGGAUAGAGAUGCCGGCACUGAAAGCAGAGCAUAUGUGAUCAUUAUGGGUCCUCAGAAGAUAAGAACAGAGCGCCUGUGGCUAGACCUACCCAAGGGCAAGAAGAGCUUUGCUCCUGGUUCUGUUGAGAAGUUCUCUGUGGCGGGAUUAGAUGUUGGAGAAGUUAAAAGAAUGGAGCUGGGCCACGAUGGUGCUACUCCUGAGAGCUGCUGGCUAGUGGAUGAAAUACAACUUAGUGUGCCUACCAAAGGAGUAUUGUACAACUUUGCAUGCAAAUGUUGGUUUGCCAAAGACAGAGGCGAUGGACUUUCUGCUCGGGUUUUCAACAUGUUGGAUGCAACUGCCAUCACAGUUGCCCAAAAGAUUCUUUAUGAGGUUACCGUAAUAACAGGGGACGUUCCUAAUGGUGGGACAGAUGCCAAUAUCUAUAUGAUAUGUUUUGGUGCCAGUGGCAACACAGAGGAAAUGCUUUUGCCAAAAUGUGGAGACAGGUUUGAGAGAGGCCAGAAAGACACAUUUAUCAUGGAGAUUGCUGACAUUGCCCCUUUCAAGAAGAUGAGGAUCCGUAUAGAUGGGAAGGGUAGCCGGCCUGAGUGGAAUCUUGAAAAGAUUAUACUGAAGAACACAGCGACAGAAGAGGAGACGUCUUUUACAUAUGGAGAAUGGCUCUCAAAGACUAAAGGCGAGAAGAGAACCCUUUCUUGUGAGAUGGCUGCUGUGGUCGAUGAGGAAGAAAUGAUGGAGACCACCACAUACGUCAUACAAGUGAAGACAAGUGAUGUCUCAGGUGCCGGUACUGAUGCCAAUGUAUUUCUUGUGAUCUUUGGAGAGAAUGGAGACAGUGGGACACUCGCCUUGAAACAGUCCAAUAACUCUAACAAGUUUGAGAGGAAUCAGAUGGACACUUUCCGGUUUCAAGACAUGCUGAGCUUGGGAGACCUGUGCAAAGUGCGUGUCUGGCAUGACAACUCAGGCAUUGGCCCCGGAUGGCACCUGGAAUUCAUUGACAUCAAAGAUGAGUCGAUGAACAAGUCUUUCCGCUUUCAAUGUGACCGGUGGUUGGCCAAGAAUGCAGAUGACAAGCAAAUCACAAGAGAGCUCGCCUGUGCCAACAAUGAUAUUCUGGACCUGAAGGAACGCACAUCUUAUGAGAUUGUGACCAUAACAAGUGACAGAGAAGAUGCUGAAACCAAGGAGAAUGUGUGGAUAAUUCUAGAGGGGAAGAAAGGAAGAUCUAAGGAGAUGAUGCUGGAAAACUCCUCCAAGAAGAGGAGAUUUGCGCAGAAAGCAACAGAUGUAUUCAAGUUCUCCUCCAAAAACGUAGGUGACAUUGCUGCUAUAUGUGUCGGGCAUUGUCCUAAGGAUGGGAGGAAGUUUACACCUAAACCAGAUUCCUAUUGGCACGUAAAGGAGAUCACCAUUACUGAGACCGAGCUUGGGAACCAAUAUAUUUUCAACUGCAAUGCCAAGAUCCCCCUGCGUAACAAGCGAGAUGACUACAAAGUCUUCGAAUGUGCCAAGACCAUUGAGAGCUUCGCCAGCCGAGCCCGAAGCUUGGUGCCCGUGAAGUACGAAGUCAUUAUAGUCACCGGUUUUGAAAAAGGAGCUGGGACGGAUGCCAGCGUCUUCCUCACCAUGUACGGUUCUAACGGUGACUCCGGCAAGCAUGCCCUGAAGCAGAAGAUGAGGAACCUCUUUGAACGCGGAAAGACCAACCGCUUCUACAUCGAGACCUUAGACUUGGGCGAGUUGAAGAAAGUGCGAGUGGAGCAUGACAACAGUGGGCUGAACCCCGGGUGGCUGCUGGAGAGGGUGGAGGUGACUAACUCUGCCACUGGUGUCACUACCAUAUUCCCAUGUGGCAAGUGGUUGGACAAGAAAAGGGGAGAUGGUGAAACCUGGCGAGAGCUCUACCCAGUGUACUGAAGACCUCAACCGCCAUAGACCUGCGUAGCUCACUGUGUCCUCUGCCACUUCUAUAAAAUUAAGAUGUAUUUUAUAACUUUUUUUUGUAUUCAGACUUUGUAUAAUGUGUAUAAAAGAUUGACUCUACAUAUAAUAAAACCUCUCACUGUAUUAAUGCAUAGACAGGCCAA